UGGAGCAGCUGUUAUGGCCUCUGGAUUGAAUGGGGUGCAAGCGAAAGUUAAGGAAACAAUUCCACAGGCCCUUUUCAUUCACUGCUAUGCUCACAUCUUAAAUCUCGUUUUGUCAAAUGGAGCUUCCAAGAUAAGAGAGUGUAAGGUCUUCUUCUCCCACCUCUCUGGCUUGGCCACCUUUUUCAGCCGCUCAGCAAAGCGCACCAAGCUACUGGAUGAUAUUUGCCAGCAUAGGCUUCCACGGGCAGCUCCUACUCGCUGGUGCUUUCAUUCUCGCUUGGUGUGCACAGUGGCAGAGAAGACCAGGGAAUUGAGAGAGGUGUUCGAGCACAUCGUAGACCAUCACACAGAGUUUGAUGACGAAACUGUUCAUUGCUCUGAUGGAUACAUCACCCUCCUUACCAGCUUCGAUUUCAGCUUUUGGUUGAAAACCUUCCACGCUAUCUUCUCCUACUCGGAUGUUGUUUUUGAAAUACUUCAGAACAAAGGUUUUGAUAUGCAGUUCUGCCUGGCCAGAGUGGAUCAGCUACAGCGACAAAUUGAACAGGAGAAGGGGAACUUUGACAGCGUCUACGAUGAAACCCAGGCUUUGGUUGGUCCUCCGCGCGGCCGUGGAGCUCAAGGAGACGUUCGUGCACGGUACAGGGAGCUCCACUGCAGCGUAAUUGACAGCCUGCUAACCCAGAUUUCCAACCGCUUCAGUGACCACAAAAAGCUGGAAUUCCUGGCCCUUCUGGACCCGCAACAGUUCGGGCAUUACUGUAACUAUUUCCCAACUGCUGCCUUGAACAGUUUGAUGGAGAGCUAUGGCGGAUAUUUCGACCAGCCUCGACUGCACACGGAACUCGCCGUGAUGUACGGCAUGUCUGACAUUUUGGGGAAAAGCCCAGCCGACAUUCAUCAGUUUCUCCUCAAAAAAGGACUGAGUGAAAGCAUGAAACAGGUGUACACCCUCUCAUGCAUCAUCCUGACAAUACCUGUGUCCACUGCCUCUGUGGAGAGGUCCUUCUCUGCGCUGAAGCGCAUAAAAAGCUACUCGAGGUCCACGACUGGGCAAGUCCGACUGUCAGACUUGGCCUUAAUUUCGAUCGAGAAGGAAUUGCUGAUUGCUUUAAAAGCAAAGGAUCACCUGCAUGACGACGCCAUCAAGUUCUUCAUCCAAAAAGACAGGAGGAUGGACUUUGUGUUUAGGUGAUUUGAUCAUCAAAGGUAAGUCAAAGUGAUUUUCAAUGUGGGCCGCCGUGCCGACUUAAUUCAUUUGUAAUUGUUACUUGGCUGUGG